AGAGGGUGCUAGCUGAGCUACAAGAGGCCGCUAGGCUUAUGAAUGCACCUGCCGUCAACCAAGAGCAGCGGAAACAGGCCGAAUCGUUACUCCUUAAGUUCAAGAAGUCGGAUAAACCCUAUCCUAUCUGCAAGAGUAUUUUAGAGAAUACAGACGACCCUUAUCUCCACUUUCUAGCGUCUUCCACUCUGAAGGAGGGAGUGAUGAGAGAAUGGGCUUUACUUGGAGAAAACGAGAUUGAUCAACUCCGAGAUUAUCUGCUAAACUACGCCCAUACUCACCUGGGGGCUCACGCCUACGUGCUAAGACAAAUGCUACACGUUGUAGCACUGAUAGUAAAAAGAUCGAUCCUAACUCGAGAUAGCACGUAUCUCGACACGUUCACUGCUAACGUUUGUUGCUUGUUCAAGUCUGCGGAGACACUGAAUCUGGGGUUGGAGAUUGCCAGUGCGCUUAUUGCUGAGUUUACAGUGGCUGAUAAGACGUUAUCUAGCUACAUGAGCUACCAACACAACCUGGAUUGCAAGAAAGCUAUCGAGGGAGACGCGCUUUACAAGAUCUUCCUGUCGACAUUAGAAGUUAUAAAUCACAUACAGAGCAGCCCUGUAGCACAGCACAGAAGAGAAUGGAUUAAACUCAUGGCCAUACUUCACUCAAUUCUUAGCUGGGACUUCGGAGUCAUUUUAUCAAAAAGACUGGCUCAAAUGUCCAGUUUGAGUUUGCCAGUGGUAAAUCUGAUGCCAGGUGUACAAUGGGCAGUUCUCAAAGAGGAGAAAGUGUUAGCUCUACUUGUUGAGCUGCACGCUACAUUCUCUACAGACAGGCUGAUUCAGCACACUACACGACACUGUAUCGUACAGUUGGGUACUCUACAGGGCUCCAUCUUCAACGAUCAGAAUGAAAGGGUUACAUUCCUCUCCCGCUACAUUGCUGCUAUAGUCAAGCUAGCUACCGGGGCAUGUUCACAACAAUCUCACGAUGAAGAUCACGGUAUAGCGCUGGCAAUACGACAACUACUGUGGGCUAACACGUGUCAAGAUCUGGACAACGUGCACGCGGGCUUGUUCAGGGAGUUCCUGGGUGUUGUAGCGGAACUGUCAGUCAAGGUCAUCCUCAACUCUGCUAAAGAAGACGCGGACGAGGGCGGAACCCAGGAUGUAGUGGACGUUAUCCUAGAUAUCUGGUACACACUGCUCCAAAUGAUGGACACCCUGCCACGUAGCCCUCUGGACCAGUGUAUGUUGAGAGUGGUGGAAUGUUAUGUUAAGUGCCAUCUUGCUCCCCCAACCGGCAUCAGGAACGAUAUUCAGGAAAUGGACGAGAUAGAUGUAGAUACAGAGGAGGAUGACCGGGUAAAGUUCAGGGACCAGCUGGAGAUUGUGGGGAGCCUUGCACGUGUCAACCUGGAAACGGCCCUGCCACACUACACUGCGCUCCUUUUGGAACGUGCACGUGUCAUCCGCAAACUCGUCGAGAAUCAGGAGGAAUGCACUGCAUUGUAUGAAGAUAUCCACUGGAUAGUGUUACUGAUAGGAUACACACUAGCAGACGCCCCCACAGAUAGCGAUCUCACUAUUCCCGCCACUAUCCUAGACUUUCUCGCUAAACAAGAUGUUCCUCUCAAUGUUGAGUCAACCCAAGCUUACAUACAAACGCGGUUAGGACAGUGUGCCGAUCUGCCCACACAAAACCACGUGAUAGCACCUAUAUUCGCUCUACUGGAGCUCUCAUCUUUAUAUCAGGAUAUUCUCAGUAAAGGGGGGUCUCACAACUUAUCACCACAGGUGUUUAGCAGUCUGAUGUGGUCCCUGACCCGGAUCAUGUCCAGUUAUCACAUGCCUAAUGAGCGGGACUACCAGUUCAUUCCUACUUCAGUGGUCACUACUUUCGGGGUGGACUCCUCUAUUGGUGGGUGGUUGGUAGGGUUCCUAGUGGAGAAGAUAAUAUCAGGACUGGUCUACUACUCCGGAGAACAGAGCACUGUUGAAGACUGCAUGUCUCUGCUCCAAUCCUGCUCUAAAAACUCAAGAAUAUCGUUGGUACUGAUGAAGGAUGAUAAUUUCCAGAAGCUAGUUGGUCGGUACACGACGGGAGUGUUAGUUCUACCCUCCUCUAAAGCUAACAGGAUGUUCUCAGCCGCUCUAACUAUCAUCAUGUCUCACCUUCCCUCCGGGGAACAUCAACAGUUCAUGGACAGGGUAUUUGGCCCAAUCAGGGAUAGCACGGUGAAAAUAUUGUUCAGCACCGAAAUAGCGGAGGUUCCUGGCUCCCCCGUUUUGACCCAGCAAGUGCUCACAGCUCUGGAUACGUUCCACGGUAUUGCUGCUGGCAUAGUCAACAAGAUUGUUGACGUUGUGUUCAACACUGUUAUUCCCAUCUUGGAGGGGUCCAUUAACCUCAUGAAGAUAUCUCAACACAUCCAGCCUAUUACCCGGUCUAUUCUCGAACUUUUCUGUGCUAUUGCAGAUAGCGGCAUUUUACAAAUAGAUAAAACACAGACUCAUCGACUAUACGAUACCUGCUACAAGGUUCUCAAAUGUUACUCUGAUUCUGCUGCUUCACGACAGUCCCUGACAAUAGGUGUUGAAGAUGACCGGUACGAUAACAUCCUGCUCUGUCUGGAGCUACUCUCCCAUCUCUGUUCCAAGGACUUCUUCAACUUCGACGAGCCUGACAGCUAUGAUGAGACUUCUAGUAGACUUGUUUUGGUUGGACUUGAUAUUAUCGUGCCUCACAUUGAUGUCGAGCUGUUAAAGUUCCCGAAGUUAUCAAACGAGUUUUUCAAGCUGAUAACUUUUAUAUGUGAGGUGUACCCAGAGAAAGUAGUGAGUCUCCCCGAGAGUGUUGUGGAUCAGAUCGUCUUGAUGCUCAAAGUCGGACUUAACAAUUACAAUGACGAUAUUACUUUCUACAUUUUCAACGCUGUGUCCGCUCUAUCUGUUAACUCAGCUAACAAUCCCCCAUUCCAGAAGAAAAUCGGUCAGAUUAUAAAGCACACGUUAUUGUUGAUAUCCGGACAGGAGUUAUCAGCAGAGUUGUAUGACACCGCCGCUGAUAUGGUAUUCUCUUUCAUCUGCAAGUGCAGGGGAGAGUACCUGACCGUUGUGAACGAAAUAGUGGUCCAACAAGAGGACCCUGCAUCUCAGGAAUGUCUGAGAACAGCCUUCUCAGCCCUGAUCCCCGCCACCCCCUCCACUACCCUGACCCGCAGAGAUAAGGGCAAGUUCUCUAAGAUAUUUGAGAACUUUGCUGUUAACGUUUAUGGGAUAUGUAGAUGAUACUAGGGAAUUUACCUUUUUUGGCGGGUCGUUCGUAAUGUAUUUAAUAGCUAUGUUGCGAGUUAACGGUCAGUAUUUUGCGAUAUUGCUGUUUGAGGAGGCAAUGAAGCAGCUUCUUACUCAUGGUAAGCACUUACUAUUAGCACUGGCGAUUUGGUAAUGUUGAACCUCAGAGUAUCCCACCAGAAGAGGUAUUCAGGCGAACUGAGUUUCAACCCCCAUUACCCAAUAUUUCCUGCUGAUUGUUUAAAAAAGCCAUUAUAUUACGAACGACCCGACCCUCUACGUGAUAAUAUGGCACGUUUCUUAAUGAUUUAAAAUAUUAAAUAUUACGUUAUAUUGAACCACGGUACUGAUUAGUAGGUGAUGUUACGUUAUUUUGCCCCAUUUUCUCCAAAUAUGAAAACUGCCAGGUAAAUUAUUGUGACUGCUUUCUGCACUGAGUUUUUAUUUGUUAACUUACCUUCUUUAUCUUGUGGAGUUAUGAUGAAGAGCUGAAACGCUCAUUUAAUAACACAGCAACCAGCAAUGGUGCCGAUAUUUAUUUUUAACUGGAUUUUUAGUAAUUUAUUUGAUUUUACCAGGUCAUCAAAACCGACUUGUCGCGAUUAUACCGAAUUACUCGCCUGAGAGGUAAAUUAUGAAAACAUUUUCGCAACACCUCAACCUAUGUCCUGAUAAUUCACCCUUACAUUGCCCCAUUUUACUUACCUUAACUUCAUACCAAGCCAUAAAAUUAGCGACUAAAUGUGCAUUUUGUCCCAGGCAUUGUUGUAAGGUAGGACGCUAAGUAAAAGUUGGCUUACAUGCUGCAAGACCAGUUUAUUGUAAUAUUCUGUAGGUUUAAACUCGAAAACAGUGAUUUAUCCGUUAUAGCCUCUCAGAUUUUGAUGUUUCUUUACCAAAAUAUUUUAUGUUAAAUUUUACAAAAACAUCUUGGCGAGUGAUUUAGUAUUUAUGGACUUGUUGUUUCGUGAAAGAGGUAUUUUUUGGUAGGAAUAAAUUUACACAUGAUAUUUUUUAGACUCGA